CGCAAAAGAGUCGCAAUGCUGAACAACACUCUGUUAACGCUCCUUGCUAGAAGAGCAUCAACAGGAGUAAAUCAAAACCCAAUUUUACUUCAGCGAUGCUUCUGUUCACCACUGUCUUCUUCUUCAAACAAUAAGCUCUUCGUCGGAGGCUUGUCAUGGUCCUUGGACGAGAAGUCCCUGAAAGACGCUUUCUCUUCCUAUGGGGAGGUCACUGAAGUGACUAUAGUGUAUGACAAGGACUCAGGCAGGUCUAGAGGCUUUGGAUUUGUUAAUUUCUCCAAGGACGAUGAUGCCAAGUCUGCAAAAGAUGCUAUGGAUGGAAAGGCGUUGAUGGGUCGGCCACUGAGGAUUAGUUUUGCUCUCGAAAGACUUCGGGGAGGGACUGUAGUUGUUCCUCGCCUUCCAGCCAUUGGAGAUGGUGUUAAUCGCUCAUAGCUGAGAUCAUAUGGUAAUGUGUUACCAGUUACCUGUAACAGAUUACAGAGAACUAUCCUUAGUUGUGAGAGCUACAAAAUGUGUCAUUAUAGAGUUUCUUCAAAGGAAGUCAUCUUAUAGUCUUAGCAUCGCUAUGAGUUGAGCUUGAAUUUGCAAUGUUUUAUUGUAAACUCAAAGUCAGGUUAACUUAGAUCUUUGAAGGGAGAAACGGCUUCCAACUUUUGUGCAAGUUGGAGGAAGAUGGAUUAGUUCAUGAGGAAACUUCUCCUUUUUGGUGUUGUAUGAACGCCUUCGACUUAGAAAAGUUGGAAUUUGGCUUCCAUUUCUUUCUUCAAUACAUCUUGAAUUUAAUGAG